AUGCCCUCCACUACUGUGCAUACGUCAAACAGCGACAAUAUGGCAAAGAAGGCUAUUGACUCGCGUGUGCCGGCGCUGAUUCGGAAUGGUGUGCAAACUAAGCAGCGGUCCUUUUUUGUGAUUGUGGGGGACCGCGCACGCAACCAGCUACCAAACCUGCACUAUCUGAUGAUGAGCGCGGACUUGAAGAUGAACAAGUCGGUUCUGUGGGCGUACAAGAAGAAGCUGGAGGGUUUCACAUCGCACCGCAAGAAGCGGGAGGCGAAGAUCAAGAAGGAGAUCAAGCGCGGGACACGCGAAGUGAACGAGCAAGAUCCCUUUGAGACGUUUAUUUCCAACCAGAAAAUCCGUUACUGCUACUACAAGGAGACGGAGAAGAUCCUAGGUAACACAUACGGGAUGUGUAUUUUGCAAGACUUUGAGGCACUAACGCCAAAUCUGCUGGCCCGGACUGUGGAGACUGUGGAAGGUGGUGGUUUGGUUGUCAUCAUGCUGAAGUCGAUGUCUUCUCUGAAACAGUUGUACACGAUGACCAUGGACAUCCACUCCAGAUACCGGACCGAGGCACAUGGUGACGUUGUGGCGCGCUUCAACGAGAGAUUUAUUCUUUCCUUGGGCAGCAACGAGAAUUGUUUGGUUGUCGACGAUGAACUGAACGUUCUUCCAAUUUCCGGCGGGAAAAACGUGACACCUCUUCCUCCACGAGAGGAGGAUGAGGUCACACCCAAGCAGCAGGAGUUAAAUGAGCUCAAGGAAUCCUUGGAGGAUGUUCAACCAGCGGGCUCUCUUGUGGCUCUUUCCAAAACUGUGAACCAGGCGCAGGCCAUUUUAACUUUCAUCGAUGUGAUAUCAGAGAAAUCUCUUAACGCGACUGUGGCCCUUACCGCAGGUAGAGGUCGCGGUAAAUCGGCGGCUUUGGGUAUCGCACUAGCAGCUGCGGUGUCUCACGGAUAUUCGAAUAUGUUCGUGACAUCACCUUCUCCGGAGAAUUUGAAGACACUUUUCGAAUUUAUCUUCAAGGGAUUCGAUGCUCUGGGCUACCAAGAGCACAUAGAUUACGAUAUUAUUCAGUCUACCAAUCCAGCUUUCAACAAAGCUAUUGUGAGAGUGGAUAUAAAGCGUGCUCAUAGACAGACCAUCCAGUACAUCUUACCAGGUGACUCUCAUGUAUUAGGACAAGCUGAGUUAGUGGUGAUUGAUGAAGCGGCUGCCAUUCCCCUUCCGGUGGUUAAGAAAUUGCUGGGGCCUUAUUUGGUGUUCAUGGCGUCGACCAUCAACGGGUACGAGGGUACUGGGCGUUCUCUGUCACUCAAGCUUAUCCAACAGUUACGUCAGCAAUCAGGUAGCAGCGGACGUGAGAAUACUGAAACUGCAAUUGUUUCUAGAGACAACAAGAAGCACGAGGUUCAGACUGGUAGCCGGAUUCUGCGGGAAGUGGUCCUAGAUGAACCUAUUAGAUAUGCACCUGGUGAUCCAGUUGAAAAAUGGCUCAACAAGCUAUUGUGCUUGGAUGUGACGCUAAUGAAAAACCCGCGGUUCGCUACCAAGGGUACGCCUCAUCCAUCCCAGUGCAAUCUCUUUAUUGUUAACCGGGACACACUAUUCUCAUACCAUCCAGUUUCGGAGAACUUUUUAGAAAAGAUGAUGGCUCUUUACGUGGCGUCUCACUAUAAGAACUCUCCUAACGACUUGCAGUUGAUGAGUGAUGCACCUGCGCACCAGCUAUUUGUUCUUUUGCCUCCUAUCGAUCCAAAGGACCAAGGAAGAAUCCCAGAUCCAUUGGUUGUCAUUCAAGUAGCGCUAGAAGGUGAAAUAUCGAAAGAAUCUGUGAGAAACUCGCUGUCCAGAGGACAAAGAGCUGGUGGCGACCUAAUUCCAUGGCUUGUUUCUCAACAAUUCCAGGAUGAGGAGUUCGCCGGUCUAAGUGGAGCCCGAGUGGUGAGAAUCGCUACUAAUCCAGAGUACGCUUCGAUGGGUUAUGGUUCGCGUGCUAUUGAACUAUUGCGUGACUACUAUGAACAAAAGUUUACCGACUUGUCGGAAGACAUGGUGUCCAAAAACUACAGCAUCAAGCGCGUAACCGACAAGGAGCUGGCAAAUACGAACUUAUUAAAGGAUGACAUUAAACUCCGUGACUCCAAGACUUUACCCCCACUACUAUUAAAACUUUCUGAACAGCCGCCGCACUUCUUGCAUUAUCUCGGAGUUUCAUAUGGUCUCACCAACAGUCUGCACAAGUUCUGGAAAAACAACAACUUCGUUCCAGUAUAUCUUCGCCAAACUGCGAAUGACCUCACUGGUGAGCAUACCUGCGUCAUGCUGAAUGUGCUAGAAGGUCGGGAGUCUAAGUGGCUUGUUGAGUUUGCGCGCGACUUUCACAAGCGCUUCAUGUCAUUGCUAUCCUAUGACUUCUCGAAAUUCACUGCUGUGCAAGCUCUGAACGUUUUCGAGAGCGCAUCUAAAGCUGAAAACCUCGGAACCCAGCCCGCUGCUAUCCAAGCGUUGACCCGCGAGACCUUGGAUCUAAUGCUGUCGCCAUAUGAUCUAAAACGUCUCGACAGCUAUGCCAACAACCUACUGGAUUACCACGUCAUUGUCGAUCUGCUACCUCUACUUGCCACAUUGUACUUCAGUGGGCGCACUGGUUCCGGUGUCAGCCUCUCCAGUGUGCAGAAGACCAUUCUGCUUGCCAUCGGUCUACAGCACAAGAGCAUCUCGGCCAUCACCGCAGAGCUCAACCUGCCAUCCAAUCAGACAAUCGCGAUGUUCGCGAAGAUCAUGCGCAAGUUCUCCAUUUACUUCCGUGACAUCCUCAGCAGCUCUAUCGAGCAAACUUUGCCGGCGCAGGCGGCAGAGGACGAAGAGCCUGUCACCUACGAUGCCGCAGCGGCUAUCGAUCAGCUGCACGACGACUUGGAGGACGCUGGUGACGAGGCCACUGCUGCCAUGAAGAACAAGCAGCGUGAGCUAAUCAACUCGCUGAACCUUGAUAAAUAUGCCAUCGAUGACGCGGCAGAUGACUGGGCUUCUUCGAAGACCGAGCUCGACAAAGCUGCUAAAAACAAAGGUUCCGUGAGUCUGAAGAGCUCCAAGAAACGCAAGCAGGAACGCGCAGAGGACAUCUAUAAAGAAGAAAUGAAUCUUCUAAAACGCUCGAAGAAACCUAGUAAGAAAUAG